GGACGACCUUAAUACAAGUCCAAGCAUUGGUGGUAGUGUGAUUUAACCUUUACUUUGGACAAGCUCUGACUAGCAUAUACAGUUACACUCACUCACUCCUGGGGGAGCGUCUAUGACAAGGGGCUAGUAAUAUGUCCCGAGGUGGGGAAAAAUCCGUCGGAAAUGUUGUGAAUGGUGCCAUGUGGUUGGUUGUUCAUUCGGUCAUUCGCUGAAGAAGACACGCUAGCCUAAGGAAGAACAGGAAACUGGCAACAGGGUGAUAUGAAGAAGCCCACCUCCUCCAGCACCCCCCUGGCGCACCAGUCUGCUGAUACGGUGUCCUGAACCCCCAGCAGUGUGCCGGUUGACAAUUGCGCAUAUUACGCGCUUCACACAAGGGUCUCCACUCCGCCAAAAUGCAACCCAUCAACUUCAUGUUUCUGGAUGUUCUGAACAUCAGCGCGUCGUUCAUUUGUAUGAUUCUCAAACUUCCGCAGAUCGCCCUGUUGGCACACGUCAAGUGUACCAAGGGGGUGAGCCUCCGGGCGCUUCUGAUGGAGCUCGCCGGGUACAUUGUAUUUGCCACAUACCAGAGACAUCAUGGAUCCCCCAUUGCUACGUAUUUGGAGUACCCCAUCCUAGUAGUUCAAGACUCCAUCUUGCUGCUGUUGAUUCUUCACUACGAUGGCAACAUGAGGCUCAGUCCCAUCUACAGUCUAGCAUAUGUAGUGGGGUGGCAGCUGCUGACGUUGCAAGGCUGGAUAAUUGACCUUGCAUUGUCCUUCUGUACGUUCCUGAGUGGCAGCAGUAAGUUUACGCAGCUGCAGUGUCUCUGGUCGACAGGAGAGGCGGGCCAGAUCAGCGCUCUCACCUGGGGCCUGGCAACAUACACCUGCAUAGCAAGGAUCUUUACUACCCUUCUGACCACGGGAGACCGCGUAGUUCUGACGCGCUUCGUUGUCUUGACGGCUCUCAACGGCUGGGUCUUUCUGACCGUGCUCUACUACAGGUGGCGCGUCAAGAAGCUGGCUUGACCCACCAGUUGUCACCAUGGCAACAACCUUCACCCGUCCCUUCCCCAAGGGGGUUGGAGACACGCCACGCACAACCAGUAACGAGCAACCUGGAGAUCCAGUAGUUUACAAUCCAGUGCCACAUAUUCCAAAUGACCUGUUUUAUUAACUGUUCAACUCAACCCCGUGAUCCUUCAACCUGCCAAAUCACCUUCAAAAUGUGUGGCACUGGAUUCUAAAGCCAUUGAAUCCAGGUUGCCCAUCAUUGUCCUCAACACCCAACAUUCUGUUGCUGUGGUGACCUGGUACCAGUUCCACGAUUGGCUUUUUAAGGCCAGUACCUUUUAGUUCAUCACUGAGUGGACUUAUGAGAGAGAAGAUUAACCCCACAGCAUGUGGGGCUCCCAAACGGCUUUCUGUAUAUUACAGUAUAUUGCUCUUUUUUAACCAUUUAACCGCUUUGCUCUGAAAGUGAUUGAUUGUGACAAUCCUAAUCAUACACUUGUGUAUAUGACCUUUGGCAUGGCAGGUCCACAGUUUUGGAAGCCUUUCAGGGUGGUGAACAAAUUAUGAACAAGUUAGGAAGAGAUGACUGAGUCAUAUGCCAUUAAUAUGAAUAUUAAUAUGAAAUAAAAUGUGAAUGCUGUUAUGUCUUGGUUUGUCUUGGAUAGGGAACAUUAGUGUUGUGAAAAUGUGGCAUUAGCUAUGAAAGGAGUCUGUACCUCUGAUGAAUACAACAUCCACCUCUCUUUGUGAUCCAUCGUGUUUUAUGAUGUAUUGUGUCCCCAUAUUUCAAAUAAAAUUUGAAUUAAAAAAAAUC